GAUCUGUAAACACACAGAGCUUUAACUGACAGCAGAACCUGAUGAGGAAAACUUUGGUAGCUGUUGUGAAGCCUGUGCAAAGAGCUGCUAGAAACUAAGGAUCUAUCAUCACUGUUUUCAGUCUGUGCAUAUGAGCUGGUGAAGGUCUACCUCUUCUGGAUUCCUCCUCAAUAACUUAAUUUCUCUGAGCAGUUGAAUGAUCGACUGAACAGAGAUGGGACCUCGUACAACAGACAGUACGUCCAAGGAUGAGAAAAGAGCCUCAGGUGGAAGUUGUGGUGGUCCAGCAAGACCCCGACUGAGAAGCAGCAGUGAUGGAAACAUAUACACCAGGAGAAUGUUUGGUGCCUACAGCUCCUCCUCUUCCUCCUCAGUACUCUCCAACCCCAAAUCAGUCCUGAAGAGACCGGUGAGCACAGAGGAGCUCCAAAAACCCGGAGGCCCCUACAUCAAGAAAACAUUUACAAUUGUGGGUGAUGCAGUGGGCUGGGGUUUUGUGGUCAGAGGAAAACAGCCAUGUCAUAUCCAGGCUGUGGAGCCCUUCGGUCCAGCAGCUGAUGCGGGGAUGAAGGUUCGUCAGUUUGUGGUUUCAGUCAAUGGUCUCAACGUUCUUGAUCUGGACUACCGGACUGUCAGCCACCUGAUUCUAACAGGACCCAGAACUGUAGUGAUGGAGGUGAUGGAGGAGACUGACCACUGAGAAAUGGAAGAAAUGUGGGCGGCUUGAGAGUCAAAUCUCAAAGUGCCAUUUACAGGGUAUAGCUUUUUAAGAAACAGUUACUGUUACACAUCCGGUGCAGUUGAAAUGAUGACAAAGUGGGAAAAAAACAGUAUGAGGAGUCACAUAGGAGGGCUGAAUUAUUUCACUGCAUGAUAAUAUGUGUUGAGUGGUAGCUGCAUACAAUGCUCUGAAGAUAUUUGCAAGUCUUAAUCCCUUAAUGCCUGAAUUUAUUGACAAUAAAAUAAAAAUAAAUAAAUAAAUACAG